AUGAGGAAGGUACUUGUCCAGAUCUUACUGAGGAACAACGUGAUGAGAAGAAAAAAAAAGAGACUGGAGGAACUUCGACAAGAAGCCCUGUUUGCUUAUGGGAUCAACGAGCAAAUUGCGAGAACCAAGGACCCCAUUUAUGACCAGAGAACCGAGAAGAGUGAUGGAUAUCUUUAUGAUGAGCGUGUAAGGACUAGAGUUCCUAAGCGCGAGUAUCAAAAAAGAACUGAAUAUCCAAGACACUCGGACUCUCGCUCUCUCUCUCGACCUCUCGAACGUUCUCUCUCCCGAUCUCGGGAACCGUACACCUCACGAAACAGAGAUCUCCGACAGGAACUCCGUGAAAAACGUGAAUCGAGAGGCCAUGAAGUCUGGAACCGCCUUGAACGGAAGGAAAGAUCCACAAAUGAUCGACACCACCCUUACCAGAGAAAGACAGACUCUUACAGAGGCUCACGUGAUACACGUCAUGAUUCCGAGCAAGUCUGGCGUCCUAAAAAUGGCCAUGGCCAAGGAGCUGAACCAAACCAGAAGGACAUCUUGGAGACACCAACUUCAAAGCCAGCAGAUCAGAAUAAUAGAUCACGGAAUACUAGAGCUGACUCCCAACGUACUGUGUCUGAAGUACCUCCACCUGCAGGAGGGCGCCGUGCCCACGGGCAUCUGAUCAGGUAUCAAAACGAAUCCGAAAGUGAGCGCAUCCGAAGGAUCAAAGGGAAAGCAAAGGUAGUGGAGCUCUCCAAAGCUGAAAAAUACCAACAAUUUUUGAAAAAAACACUACCAAUGGGGAAUCUAGCUAUACGUGAACCUCUUCCCUCCCCGGGACAAGGCACCCAACAACAUGGGAACCUCCCCAAGUCGCUGGAAAAGGCCUUGGAUGAAGAGCUCUCCUUCACUCCUCUGGACGAUGAGAUUCUCUAUGACGUGGAAGAAGGCGAGGCUCUUACCGCAGACCAGAUAGAUUAUAUGAUCAAUGAACUAGCCGACGACCCUAUUGACGAUGAGAUGAUGGCUAACGACGAUCUCUUAGGCGAGGAGCUGGCCUCGGACGCAGAAAAAAUUGACGCCAUCUCACAACUAUCACCAAUGGAGGUGCAUGACUAA